AUGAGCCGCACCUUAGCAAAAAUAAUAAGACAAGUAAGGCCCUUAGCUAAAAAUAACUUUUUGCUGCAUGCCUCCCCAUCGGCCCAGCUGUCGAAUAUGCAGGCCGAUGAACAAGAAAGCGUAGUAGUUCAGAAGACAGCUGAAGAGCUGAAGAAACAGCAGGAAAUGGAUGCAGUUGAACGCGCCAAAGUUCUGGCAACACGCAUCCCGAAAUUGGCCAUCGACGGCUUAGAUAAAGAUUCUUUGGAAAGGAAAGUUAGGGAAUAUUACGAAGCAGCUUGCAAACUGGAGGAGGAGAAAUAUGAUUGGGAGUUCAAGUUGAGGAAACUUGACUUUGAGAUCAACGAGUUGAACAUCAUCGUCAACGACAUCAAAGGACAUUUCGUCAAGCCUUCAUUGAAAAAAGUUUCCAAAACUGAACAAAAACUCGCAAAAAUCGCCGAAGUCAAGAGCAAGCUCGGCUCAGCCUUCCGUGACAACCUGAAGUCAACCGGCCAAUCAAAAUACGCUCUUGAAGAAAGCGAAGCCAAAGGCAAGCCCGAAUGGGGGCAAGAUACAUUGAAACGAAAGGAGGACGGGGCUGAGGAGGAUGCCCCCGCUGAAGAACAGCACGAAGAACAUCACGAAGAGGAAGAGGAGGAGGAAGAGGAGGAAUAAAUGGACAUAUAAUUAUCAUAAAUUAAAAUAUAAUUUGCGUAAAUUAAUUUUUAGUCGGUUUGAGUUUUAUGAUAAUAUAUUUCAGUGUAUCACUUUAUCCAAAACCUGUUGAAUAAUUUCUUUCUUUAAUAUAAAUAAUCAUCAUCUUUUUCGAAGUCAAAUAAAAUCAAAUAUUUUUAUUGUCGUCUAUCGGGAGAUAAAUAAAAGCGUUCAUCUUU